AUGCUAGACGUGGGAAAGUGGCCAGUCUUUGCACUCCUGCCUCCCGAGGAACUGCGUCUCAUCCGCCAGGCCUGUGUGUUUGGCAGUGCUGCAAAUGAAGCAAUUUAUGUUACUGUCAAUGAUGAGGUAUUUGCUUUGGGAACGAACAGCAGCGGCUGCUUGGGUCUGGGAGAUAGCCAAAGCACCAUUGAACCCAGACGGAUAGAUUCCCUUUGUGGAAAGAAGAUAACCUCAUUGAGCUAUGGCACAGGACCGCAUGUUGUCAUUGCAACGACAGAUGGAGAGGUGUAUGCCUGGGGCCAUAAUGGCUACAGCCAGUUGGGGAAUGGCACCACUAAUCAUGGCCUUAUCCCGGCUUUGGUCUCAACCAAUCUCAUUAACAAGAAGGUGACUGAGGUGGCCUGUGGCUCUCAUCACACAAUCGUUCUCACCACAGAAGGAGAGGUGUUUGCCUGGGGCUACAACAACUCUGGUCAGGUAGGAUCAGGCUCCACAGCCAACCAGCCCACACCACGCAGAGUCAGCAGCUGCCUACAAAACAAGGUGGCGGUGAACAUAGCCUGCGGCCAGCUCUGCUCCAUGGCGGUCCUGGAUAAUGGAGAGAUAUAUGGUUGGGGCUAUAACUGCAAUGGGCAGCUGGGUUUGGGCAAUAAUGGCAACCAGCAAACACCAUGCCGUAUUGCUGCUCUGCAGGGAAUCACCAUUGUACAGGUGGCAUGUGGCUAUGCACACACACUGGCAUUAACUGAUGAAGGAUUUGUUUAUGCUUGGGGUGCCAAUGCCUAUGGACAACUGGGCACUGGAAACAAGAGCAACCAGGCAUUGCCCACUCUAAUUAACCUGGAAAAGGAGAGGAUGGUUGAGGUGGCAGCGUGUCACACCAGUCACACGUCAGCCGCAAAGACGCAGAGCGGCCAAGUGCUGAUGUGGGGUCAGUGUCGAGGCCAGGCUAUUCCCUACCCACACAGCACACAUUUCUCCACCACGGAUGAUGUGUUUGCUUGCUUUGCCACUCCUGCCGUCACCUGGCGCCUUCUUACUGUAGAUGGGGAUGACUAUCUGACGGUUGCCCAAUCUCUCAAAAGAGAGUUUGACAGCCCGGAAAUUUCAGAUAUUAAGUUCCUGGUUGAUGGGAAGUGCAUCCACGUUCACAAAGCUCUGCUUAAAAUCAGAUGUGAGCAUUUCCGUGCACUGUUGAAUGAGAAUGAUGAGGAGGCCAUAGAAAUUCAUCAGUUUUCCUAUCUGGUGUACCGUGCCUUCCUGGAGUAUCUCUACACUGACACGAUAAACCUGCCUCCAGAAGACGCCAUUGGGCUUCUGGAUCUUGCCACUUAUUACAGAGAGACUCGACUUAAAAGGCUGUGCCAGGAGACCAUCAAAAGAGGCAUUUCUGAAGAGAAUGCCAUCACACUGUUGUCUGCUGCUGUUAAGUAUGAGGCACGGGACCUGGAGGAGUUUUGCUUCAAAUUCUGUGUUAACCACCUGACUGCCGUGACUCAGACGCAGGCCUUUGCCGACAUGGACCAUGACCUGCUGAAAAACUUUAUUAGCAAAGCCAGUCACUUUGGAGCUUUUAAAAACUGAAGUGGAAUGGGACAGGGUCAUGGAGAAACUAGGAAAAAAACUUUUGGUCUGGAUUUGCCAAAGUAUGUAGAAACGGCAGGCUGUGAAUGUGAAGAUGGCUAAACCACUGCACUGGCUGAUCUGUGUGUCCUGGAGCCAAAAUGGUUUCAAGAUUCAGGCCCUCAGGUAGGGAGUAGAUUUGGAAUAUAAACACAAAGACCACUUUUCACAAAAAGCACACAAUUGUAUCUUAGUCAAUGAUUUGGCUUUUUUCUCUAUGAAAUCCUUUUUCUAUGGACUUUUAAGUGUAGAACCUUCUGGUGACACAAUAGUGGAAAUAUUUGUAUGGGUGUACUUGUAUGAACUUUUUUCUCUGGAAACAUUUUAGAACAUGCUUGCUCCAGGACCAAAGAAACAUGAAGAGAAAAUUGCAUAGACAAUUAAAAGAGUGGCACAUUAUUAAAGGUGGGAUUCAGUGGAAAAGCUUAUACUGCACAAUAUAAACAACUAGUUUAAUAUAUUGUUGAUAUGAAUGCUUAUUAAUCCAAUUGCUCUAUUAUUAUGCAUGAAUUUGUGCUCAUCCAACCAUUUUUGUCUGGAUAUGUUUGGAUCGCUGCCCUGCUGGAGCCAGUGUGGCUUCAUGGCAGUGGUAUGUAGGAAACUCCAGCUGUUUACACUGGUUAGAUAAAAGGAAAGGCUUACUGCUGGACGCUUUUAUUCAAAGCAUUAUGACAUUACUGUGACAGUACACAGUCUAAGCAACUGAGAGUUAAGAGCCUUGCUCAAGAACCCAACAGGGGCAACCUGGCAGUGGUGGGGCUUGAACCAGUGACCUUCUGGUUACUAGUCCAGUACCUUAACUGCUAGGCUGCAGCUGCCCUUUACAUACAGUUUUUUUUCCCAAAGGUAAAAUGUCACAGAGGUAACAUUUAAUUGUAGAUUUGGCAACUUGGUCCUUUUAACUAUGUCUUUGUCACCUAAUAUGUAUACCCCAAUGAAACAGAAAGUGGUGGAUGAUUGCUUAAGAGAUCCUAACCACUCACAUGAGCUUUAAGUAAACAAGCUAUGGUUCUAAGUCACUUGUACAGUUAUUCAACCCACUAAACAAUUGUUGAUAUUUUUGUUGCCUAGAAAGGCUUUAAUGUCCCAAAUUGCUUUUGUUCUGGCAAGCCAUAAAUUAAUACAUGCUAUGCUGCAAUGUUAAUUUAUUUUGACUGUUUAAUACAGAUGUUACUUCAUUGGUCUGGAUUUUUUUUGGAUUUGUCGGAUUUUGAAGGUAGAUUUUUUUCCACCCCAAACCAUAAACUGUUAUUAUCCGAAAAGGAGAAAACAUAUCCAAAGUGAACACUAACAAAAAGUGUAAUAAAUAAUUCAUGUAAAUAAAAUAGUAUUUUAACAUAUAGGAAAAUAUAAUGCAUUUAGGUUGUGACUGGAAAUGGUAAUUGAUCAAUUUAUCGUUUACAAAAGUCUCUGCAGACAACCACUAAACCAGUGGCAUCUUUAUAUCUGGGAAAAAUCACAACUGUGUUAUUUUAUUAGGUCUACUAUAUUAUGUGUACUGAAACUAUUUUCUAUUUUUAGCUUUUUGAUCAGGAUAGAAUAUUGAAUACACUUUUGUAUUUUGUUCUUUUAACACAGUUACUUCAUAUCAGUAAGGUCAGUAUUUGUAUUUGUUGUUUUUUUGUUGUUGCUUAUUUUGUCUCGUCAUUGCUUUUGGAAGCAGAAAUCUUCGCACUAAAUUACAUGUUUGUAGUUGGUGUUUACAUAUUAAAGUAACAAUAAAAUGAUGUCUAAUUUGGAGAGAUAUUAACUUUGUGUACAGAUAAAAGCUUUGCUCAUAACCUGUAAUAUCAAACAUCCAGUCACAGAGUCUACCAAUUACAUGUUUUCCUUUUUUAAGACUUACUAAAAUAUUGUAAAUAAGAAUACACUUUACAUGUUACAGCAUCAUGUUCUGAAGAAGUCUGUACUAAUUGUACUAGAAAGUUUAAUUGCUGAGUUGGGGGAGGAAUGUUUGAAUUAUAUCAGUGUUUGAUCUGUCGUCAUGUUUACAGGUGAAUAGUUGUUUUUUUACUACUUGUACACAAAGUUAUAAUGGCACUGAGGUUGCUGUAGUUUGACAAUAAUGUAGUGUAACUGUUACAGAAGCGAUUAUUCAACCUUAUGACCACUUUGUUUCUUCAUGAUGCAGCUGUUCUAAGUUGCUUAGCUUACUGUUGAUAAAAUAAAAGCUUUGAAACUUCAA